UCGCUCGAGUCUGUCAUUGUUUUCGAUCGUGAUGUGUCAGUUCCUUCUCGACCGAGCAGGUCCUCGCUUCGUGGUUGUUCCUUUUUGACAACCACCCGCUCGCUAAUCGCGAACCAUUUCGCGCUUAACUUUCUCCGAUCUUUUUUCUCCCCCGUUUAGAAACCCGGACGAAAUCUACCGUGACCCGAUGAUCUUCGAUGCUCGGUGAUUAAUUAAGAAGGUUAGUCCAUUCCCCGCCGAGUUGGUAGACCAAUGAAUGGAAACGUUUAUCCGCCUCGAGGGUCGCUUGCGUUCGUGUCCGUCGAGUGACGCUCCAUGCUUGGCGAACCAAAACCAUUGACUCUAAAUUCCCUUGGGCAAUUUAUUCCGGAUUUCGAAGCUAGUUCGAAGCACUAAACCAAUAUUCUUGCAAUCUGAUGUUCUCCGCUGAUCGAUGAAUAAUUAACGAGAACCGUCGUAAAAUUCCAUAGGGUAAAUAAUAGUUUUGACGGAAAUACGCAGUAUCUGGUACGACUGUAACCAUGAGUUGCGUCCGGUGUUGCUUGGUUAGCGCAGGCCGUUUAGCAUCCUCGACUCAUGUGACAAAUCAUGUGCACAAAAUUGUGAGGAUAGUAGCAGUGAGGCCACUCGUAACAACUGCGGCUCUGGGUAAGGCUCCAACUGAACCAACACCUCCUAAUAAAGAUGCUGGAAGUAAUGGAACGACAACCAGUGCAACCGGCACGGGAAACAAUACUAGUGGUGGUGGUGGUGGCAAGAAACAUACUUUGACGUGUCCGAAGUGUGGGGAUCCUUGCACUCAUGUUGAAACAUUCGUAUCAUCAACGAGGUUCGUUAAGUGUGAAAAAUGCCACCACUUCUUCGUGGUACUCUCAGAGAUCGACUCGAAGAGGAGUCUGAAGGAAGCUUUCAGGACGGAGGAUCCUAAACAAGGAUACUAUAGAAAACCACCACCGCCACCCAAAAAGAUUUUCGAGUAUCUUAACAAGCACGUGAUUGGACAGGAGUAUGCGAAGAAGGUCCUCAGCGUAGCUGUGUACAAUCACUACAAGAGGAUUCACAACAAUAUGCCGGUGCAGAGCUCGGUGCAAGCCAACAGCAACCCCGUCGGAUCUCAGGAACUCAAUCAUCCCUUCACUCGCAGAGACCUGCUGCACAUAUCGAGCAUCGGCAGUUCCCUAGGAGUGGGCUUCCAGCACGUGCCUCCAGGUAGCGACCAGCAGCAGCAGCAAAAGUCGGCAGGAGGACAGUCGGUACCCGGGUCGGACAUCCUGGACAGCAAGCAGCACCAGCUGAAGCUCGAGAAGAGCAACAUCCUCUUGCUGGGGCCCACCGGGUCCGGGAAGACCCUUCUCGCCCAGACGAUCGCCCAGUGUCUGGACGUGCCCUUCGCCAUCUGCGACUGCACCACCCUGACCCAGGCCGGGUACGUGGGGGAGGACAUCGAGAGCGUGAUCGCUAAGCUCCUGCAGGACGCCAACUACGUCGUCGACCGGGCCCAGAUGGGCAUCGUCUUCCUGGAUGAGGUCGACAAGAUAGGCGCCGUGCCCGGGAUCCACCAGCUCCGAGACGUGGGGGGCGAGGGCGUCCAGCAGGGCAUGCUGAAGAUGCUCGAGGGCACCAUCGUCAACGUGCCGGAGAGGAACAGCUCGAGGAAGCUUCGAGGCGACACCCUCCAGGUCGACACCACCAACAUCCUCUUCGUGGCUUCCGGUGCCUACAAUGGCCUCGACCGACUCGUAUCCAGGCGUAGGAACGAAAAGUUCCUCGGGUUCAGCGCCACCCCGGCGUCGGAGAGUCCUGGACGAAGGGCGGCCACCCUUGCCGACGUCGCUAAUAUGUCCCCGUCGACCGAGGAUGACAACCGGGAGAAGGACGUCCUCCUCAGGCAGGUCGAGGCCAGGGACCUGAUCGACUUCGGGAUGAUCCCGGAAUUCGUCGGCAGGUUCCCCGUCCUCGUGCCGUUCCACACCCUCAGCAGGGACAUGCUCGUCAGGAUCCUCACCGAACCGAAGAACGCCAUGGUCCCGCAAUACCAGAUGCUCUUCUCCAUGGACAAGGUCGACCUGACGUUCACGGCCGACGCUUUGGACGCGAUAGCCUCCCUCGCGAUGGAGAAGAAAACCGGAGCCCGAGGUCUCCGUGCCAUCAUGGAGUCGCUUCUCCUGGAGCCGAUGUUCGAGGUUCCUGGGAGCGACGUGAUGUCGGUCCACGUAACGAAGGACUGCGUCCGUGGAAUGGAGAAACCGCAAUACGUGAGGCGAGGCGAACCCACCGAGGACGAGCUGCAGGCUCAGCAUGUACAUAAUUAACCCUGGAGGGUGAAGACGGGAGGAUCUGGCUCGUCGUUCAGGUCCAGGAUCGAGGAAGAGAAGGCGCUCCUGCAGCGAGCUGCACCGAGCUGCGACCGACCUCCACCCCCGGCGCAACGACGAGCGGAAGCGGAAAGGAAAUUAUUUUCACGUGCAAAGCCCUGUAGGUAACGAGACUUCUUUUGUAAUAUAUUGUAUAUAGCGGUAGGCUAGAAAAGGAAGGAAUAAAUCCACUACGGAGCGGCCGGGCGGGAGAUAGGAGGAUUCUAGAUAAGCGAAUUGAUACGGCGAGAUGAAGGGGUUACUCUGUUAGGAGGGGGAAGAGAGAAGAAGUAAUACUGGGGGACAGGAAAAGAAAAAAAUAUAUAUAUGAAAAUAGAUUUACUUUCACCUUGUCGACCCGUGCAGGGCGAUUUGUUUUACCUGAGACGAGAGAAAUUACCUUGUAAUCGUUCGCGAUUAGAAUUGUCCUGCGCUUCGCCAGAGCAAGGAGCCACGGGGUCGAAAUUUUGUUUGAUAAAUCUUUCGCUGGUACUCUUUCCUUUCCUUUUCUCGCGAGAUUAUCAUGAUAUGAAAGGGUCAUUCUAUA